UAUGUAACUGGCAAUUUAUUAAUUUUGCAGGAGUCGUUGGAUUCUUUUGGUAAUAACGCCGAAGUGGAGUUUAGUACACUACCUUAACUCCAAUAUCAAUCAAAAAAUUUACAAUUUAUUUUCGUCGGCUAGAUCUCCCUUUUUCGCAACAGAUUGGUUUCCCUAUUCCUUAUCUCGUUUUCCCCUUCUUGGUUCCUUUGGAGUUGUAGCAUCUCUCCAACCUGCUCGCAAUUCCAAGCCUAUCGCAUGAAAACCAUUACUUCCUUGGUCUAAUCGGCAACCCCGAUCCCAUUGAGUUCAUCAUCGGUGAAACCAAUAGGAUUCCUUUUAGAUUAGCCAACGCGAAUCUAGGUCAUUGGAAGAACACCUUUAAAUCUUGGCCAUCCCUCGAGAAAACUUCACCCGAGAAAAGUUGGACCACAUGGUAUAAGCGCGUAUCGGCUAGCAAGCAAACUCAUUGGGAUGAAAUUGGAAUCGAUCAAGCACUUGCCCUCACCAUAGCGAAUUCGGCUAAGGAAGAACCCUUAAUGGCUGCCGCCACUUAUUUCUGUUCUAAUGCCAUCAAUGCUUUCCUGUUCAACCAAGGGCCGAUGACCCCAACACUAAUAGAUAUCACCAUGAUUACUGGUCUGGAUGUGACUUCAUCGGCUAACCCUAUGAGUCUAAACACCAAGAAUCAGUAUGACUUCAGGACCAAGAGCAUAGGCGGUUGGUCUGGUUAUGUGGCAGCAUAUAUGGGCCAAGGAUUUGUCAAUCCCCGAGAGCAUGUAGCUUUUCUGCUUAUGUGGCUGGAGAAAUUCCUUUUCUGUGGAUCAAGCUGUGGCCCUACAACUAACUGGCAAUUCAGAGCCGAGGCCUUGGAAUCAAAGAGACAAUUCCCCUUAGGCAAAAUCCUUCUCGGCUAUUUGUACCAAAUGCUGAACAAUGCAUCGGCUAAGAUAGCCGUUGGCUCAGUGGUUGGAGUAGGUGGACCAUGGUGGCUAUUACAGUCUUGGCUGAAUCUGAUGGUCAUGAAAUUCGUCAAUCGGCCAUCUGUAACAGAAGUUGAAUUCCCAAGACUGGAGCCGAUUACAGAUGAUGACGACGAAGAAUGAACCCAUCGCAGAUGUAUGUCCUAUGGGGAGUAUGCCUCUACACCAACCGAUGUUGGAGCAAAGUUAUCGGCCAAACUGCUCAAAGACUGGUUAUGCAGCUUCUAUGAGGGUUUCCAAAGAGAUGCUCGAGUCUGGUUCCCAUAUGAAGAUUCAGUAAACCUUGAUCUCCCAGGAGACUUUAGAUUUGAAGACCUCAACUCUGAAAAGUAUCAAAAAUCAAGAGAAGUCUUCUCCGCUGCCAUUAGCCCAUGCAUCCUUCAUGUUGGCAUCCACCAAGGAAGAAAUAUACAGGUAUCCUAUGAAUUCUACCAUCCAAUGAGCUCUGCCAGACAGUUUGGGAUGGGUCAACUCAAUUGGCUUGUUCCUUGCCGAUAAUGGAUCUUGAUGAUGGAUCGGCUGCUCAAUCUCCAAGGACCUCCUUUGGGCAGCAUUGAAAAUAUAGAGCUGGCAACCUUCAGGAGUAGAGCAUUUGACAGAUGGUGGGGUGAAUGGAAACUGCAUAUAUUUCAUCAGUCGGCCUCUAUGUAUAUGACAGAUCUAUUCCCUGAUGUUAUUCCUCAGGUAUACUUUGUUUUAUUAGUUUCAAUUGAAUAACUGCUAGCCGACUCGAAUCUUAACCAGUUCUCCUCUUUCUUUUGCAGACAACAGAAUCUUCACCUCCACACCAAAGCAAUAGUGGCAGAGAUAUAGAGUAUGCCCCUGGUCUCGUUCCCAAUAGAGGUGGGCCAUCUCCUCCUGUCAUCGGCUAUCAUGCCCCUAGGACUUCAAGUAUGCUCCAGGGCCUCAUUAGGGAACCAGCUGAUGCCGACAAGAAGAGAAAGACUAGAGCAUUGGCUAUAGACCCAUCGGCUCCGGCUCCAAAGAAGAAAGCCAAGUCAAAGAAAACCAAGCCAACCGAUGAUUUGCCUGCUUUAGACCCAUCCAUCGAGCAACCUUUGGAUGAAGAAGAAAUUGAAGAAGAUGUUGAUCAAGCCGCAGCCGAAGUGAGUGAUACAGUGAAAACACCAUCGACUUCACCCAAGCAAACCCCUCCAACUCCUUCUGCCCCAGCUCAUUUCUCGAGGGUAAAUACCUUUCCCUAACUUUUCAACAAUUCUAUUCAUAGCCGAUUGCUUAUAAGAGCAUCUCCAACAGCCUCUCCAAAUCGAACUCUCCAAACACCCAUAUAGCCAACUCUCCAUCUCAUUUAGCUAGUCAAACUAAUUGUUCACUCCAACAGCCUCUCCAUCUACCCUCUCUAUUUUGACUCUAUGACAUCGGGAUCUAUAUGUCAGCCUCUCUGCAUCAUCACGGGCUCUAGCCAUGGAAGCUCUCCUCUUCUCACCACGGGCUCUCUUCUCCAUCACGCCAACCGCGGGCUGGCUGCUCCUGUUGUCAAGGCGGCCGCCGCCGUUGCUGAGCCGGCCGGGGAGGAGAAGAAGACCGCCGCUGGUGCCGCCGCGGCAGGAGAUGGCCAGGCCACUGCGCCGGCGCCCAAGAAGAUCCUUAAGAAGAAACAUGUUUACUCGAUAAAGAAGGGCCAGAUUAUGUGCCACAGUGAAGCAGCGGCGGUGGCGCCGUCACCUGCGUGCUCGCCUCCCACCCGGGAUCUGUCGCGCACUUCCGCCUCUCCCGCACCUCCUUCCGCGGCCACGUUGACGCGGCGGAGGCCUAGUUCCGCGAGCUUGCCGCGAAGCGCACCAGGAAGGUUGCCCUCCUCUGCGGCGCGAAGCAGGAAUCGACGCGGCCGGAGGCAAUCUUGGGGCGGAGGAGGCAGUCGAGGAGGUCGUUGUCGCUGGGGAGGAAGGGGAUGCGGAAGCCCUCGAUGGCGGGAUCUACGAGCGGCGCCAUCCCCGUCGCCGUCGCUGCUGUGGCCGUCGUCAUCUUCUCCACGCGCGCACGCUGGGGGAUCGGGCACGCUGGGGCGAGGCAAGGGAGGGCGCCGGUCGAAGCGGCGGCAGCGGGGGAGGCGGUGGUGGGCUCGGGGGCGGCUCUUGGAUGGGUGUAGCGCCGUCACCGGCGGCGGCUGCCGCGGGUGGCAUCGGUGGAUGGAUGGCGCGAGGCCGACGGCACGGAGGACGGCAGACGAUGCGAUGGCGCGAGGCCAAUGGCGCGGAGGACACGGACGAUGCGAGAGAGGAGAUGGGGAGGAGGAACGUGUGGGGCCCACGGUUGGCUAGUCACUUUUGGCUGGCUAAAUUUGGCUAGUGGAGGGAUGGUUUUGGCCAGCCAGAUGGCUUAGCCAUCCGGUUGGAGAGACUGUUGGAGGGUGUUUUUUUACUAGGAUGGCUAAAAUUUAGCUUGGAGAGGAGAAUAAUGAGGGUGUUGGAGAUGCUCUAAGUCUUAUCCUUGCAGAAGAAAAAGAUUGCUGUGAAAAAGAAAUCGGAAGCAACCCAGUCCAAACCAGCUCACCAGUAAGAUUCUUCUGAAAAUAUUUCAGUUCUAAUCAUACUCCAUGUGGACUAACAUCUAUUUUCUUUAGCCUCCUCCUCCUCCUUCACCUCCUGUACAGCAUGUCAAGUGAACGAACUCCAUCGGCUACAGGAAGCCACAAUAUUGAGGAAGAAGAACAACCACCCACUCCUGCUAUCCCAUUAAGUCUCUCUUUAACACAAGGUCUUAGAUCGACUAGAUUUGUUUGAUAUUUAUCUAUCUUCGAAUUUCUCCCUUGUAGGCCUUGGCCGAUUUGUUUUCUUUUGAUAUCAAAGAUUACUUUGAUGAGACAGAAGAAGAAACCACAAGCAAGGUCCUAGCCCCUCUGGAUGAAGCUGUCAAGAAAACACUUGAAGACAUAUCCCUUCGGCUAGAGUCAUCAUUGGAUAAUCUGGUGGCUGACUAUGGUUCAAUUCUCUAUUUGUGUGAUGGAAUAGGAUGAAGAGGUUCAGUGAAGGGGUCAUUUUUCUUAUUUUGAACUGUUGGAUUAAGGAUGCUCUAGAGCAUCAUAGUGCAUGUAUAUUCACUUGCCAUGAAACCAAAUGGCGUAGAUGUUAUCACCUGCCAUGAAAACAAAUAGUGCACUGUAUUGCACAUCAUAUGCUCUUUCAGAUUCAGCACAUGAUAUAUAUUCCAGAAUCUGAAUAUGUAUCUCAGUUUAGUUUCAGAUUGUAAAUAUGCACAACAUAUAUAGAUGACAAACUCAGUACAUUCUGAUGUUGAUAGAGUUAAGAAAUAGCGGAAACAGAAGGCGACGUGAUUGGUUUGGUUUGAUUAA